ACAGCCAAGCUGAGAUUAACAAACCAAAAACUCUCUCUCUCCUUCACUUCACACCCCUCCCAUUCCAAGCUCAAAACAGAGUAGCUGAAAGCGAGCAGAGAAGUGCAGAGCAAACGGAGGCAGAGCUUAAGAUCCUUGUCAUUCGCAGAUGUAUCUAAAAUUCAAAAACUUUGAAGCUCUCUUCGAAUCCCGAUAAUCCUUCUGAGUUCUUUCGCAGUUAGUUUUCGUUUUGACCAGCCGGCCCUUCUUUCUUUAGCUUCAUAUGGAAUCAUAUCAGAAGCAGACGAAACAUCGAUGCAAGAUUUGCAGAAAGAUCUUUUCUAGUGGCAGAUCACUUGGUGGCCACAUGAGGUUCCAUAUCCAUUCCUUGUCCUCCGGUGCGCAGGAGAAGGAGAAGCUCGAGGAAAGCAGAGAUCAAGAGGGUUUGGGAUUUGGGUAUGCUUUUAGGAAGAAUCUAAAGCAGACGUUUAGGCUCUCUGAUUUUGUUGGCGAAGAUCUUGCACGCUCUUCGAAGCGGUGCAGGGAAUGCGGCAAAGAAUUCCCUUCUUGGAAAUCUCUUUUUGGUCAUAUGCGAUGCCACUCUGAAAAGACUAGCAAUUCUCGAAGCUUUGAGGAAGAAGGUUCUUGGGUCCAGGAGAAGAAUUCUCAUGAGAGUUUCUCCAAGGAAAAUGAGUCGGUGCCGAGGAGGAAGUGCGGGUCGAAGCAGGCUUCUCCGGCUUCGAUGGCCGGUUGCGAGCCCGAGGAACAGGCUGGUGCCAUCAUUCUCAUGAUGCUUUCCCGAGACAUCGGCAGUUGCUCCGAUAAGAUAUCGGAGGAAGACUCCGGUGACGAUUUAAAGCGGAGGCUGAUUCUGAAUUCUCUUGUACUGGAGAAGAAGGGAGCAAUGGCUCUCGGAGGCCACCGUGCCAGCCAUAAGAGGAUUAGAAUCUGCUGCAGGGAAAGCCCCAGCUUUGACACUGAAGCCUCGAUCAAAAACCUUGGGCUGGCAUAUCAGAAGAGCAGAAUCCAUGAAUGUGACUUUUGUGGUAAGACUUUCUUAUCGGGCCAGGCGUUGGGUGGGCACAAGAGGUCUCAUUUAGUCUCGAAUAUUGGAAGCGAAGUAGGCGGAGUUGGUACUAAGAAAUUCGUGGUCCAGCAGUUUUCUGAGACGCUUGGUCUCAAUCUUCAAAAGAUCGAGCAAUUUGAAGGCUUUUGGGCCGAGGCGAGUACUAAGCAUUAGCAGCAUCUGACGAUCUAAAUCUCAAAACAAUGAAGAAAAACUGAAGAUGCAAUUGUGUACAGAUUCUGCAUUUCUGUUUCUAGAGUUUCUAUUUCAUUAAUUCAACUUUUCGUUUUGCUGCAAAUAAAAACUUGUGAGCUUUUCUGCUUUCUGUGUCACCAAUGAUUCAACUUUCUUGCUUGAUUUUGUUUGCUCUAAUGAUUACAGAAAGCGUCCU